UUAGUCAAAUGAGUUACAUUACAGAAAGAGAGCCAAAAAGUGAUUAAUAUUUGUGGCUGUUUUCGACCUUGUUUCUUCCUCCUAUAAUAUAACUAUUCAAUUCCCACGAGGAUGGCAACCUUAUCAUCACCCUUUUUUAAUCCACCAAUAUCAUCGAAACCAUAAAACCGACAGCGACUUCUAACUUGUCAUACUCUCUACUGUACACACAUGCAUACACAUAUCUAUUCAACUAAACGACUAACAAAUAAAAGUAUAACGUCUUAUUAAUUGACAUUUUUUUUAGUGUGUUCUUGGUUUCUUAGUUAUGGUUACUUCAAUGGAUAUUGGUGUAUGGAUUUUACUCUUCUUGGUUGGGUUUAUCCAUUCAUCGGAAUCCAAAUACAUUGCAUACAACACUACCUCAACCAUUGUUCCUGGGAAGCUCAAUGUUCACUUGGUCCCUCACACUCACGACGAUGUUGGAUGGUUGAAAACCAUAGACCAGUACUAUGUUGGUUCCAACAACUCCAUUCAGGGAGCUUGUGUUCAAAAUGUGCUAGAUUCACUUAUACCGGCCUUGUUGGCAGACAAGAAUCGCAAGUUCAUUUAUGUUGAACAGGCAUUCUUCCAGCGUUGGUGGAGAGAGCAGAGUGAGGUUGUCCAGAAAACAGUCAAGCAGCUGGUCAACUCUGGUCAAUUGGAGUUCAUAAAUGGUGGUAUGUGUAUGCAUGAUGAGGCUGCUACACAUUACAUCGACAUGAUUGAUCAGACAACCCUUGGACAUCGAUUCAUCAAAGAAGAAUUUGGUGUAACUCCAAGAAUAGGAUGGCAAAUCGACCCAUUUGGACAUUCUGCAGUGCAGGCCUACUUGUUGGGAGCAGAGGUUGGAUUUGAUUCUUUAUUCUUUGCACGGAUUGACUAUCAAGAUAGAGCUAAGAGAAAAGAUGAAAAAAGUCUUGAAGUUGUGUGGCAGGGUUCUAAGAGCUUUGGUUCAUCUUCACAGAUAUUUUCCGGUGCAUUCCCUGAGAAUUAUGAACCUCCCAGUAAUUUCUACUUUGAAGUAAACGACGAUUCUCCAAUAGUUCAGGACGAUAUAAAUUUGUUUGACUACAAUGUUCCUGAACGAGUAAAUGAGUUUGUCUCAGCGGCAUUGUCACAGGCCAAUAUAACGCGCACAAAUCAUAUAAUGUGGACAAUGGGGACAGAUUUCAAGUACCAAUAUGCAGAGACCUGGUUUAGGCAACUGGACAAAUUUAUUCACUAUGUUAAUCAGGAUGGACGGGUUCAUGCCUUAUACUCAACACCAUCAAUAUAUACUGAUGCAAAACAUGCUGCAAAUGAAGCCUGGCCAAUCAAGACCGAUGACUACUUUCCGUAUGCUGAUCGGGUAAAUGGCUACUGGACGGGGUAUUUUACAAGUAGGCCUGCCCUCAAAGGUUAUGUCAGAUGGACGAGUGGCUACUACUUGGCAGCAAGGCAGUUGGAGUAUUUCAAAGGGAAGAGUGCUUCAGGUCCUAAUACCGACUCUUUGGCUGAUGCUUUGGCUAUUGCUCAGCACCAUGAUGCGGUAUCUGGUACAUCAAAGCAGCAUGUAGCUAAUGAUUAUGCGAAACGGCUUUCAAUAGGUUACACAGAGGCCGAGAAAACUGUUGCAGCAUCACUCGCUUGCUUGACAGAGGGAGCAACCAAAACCGGCUGUGGAACUCCACAAGUUAAAUUUCAACAGUGUCCACUUCUUAACAUAAGUUACUGUCCUGCAUCAGAAGUUAACUUCUCGGAUGGGAAAAAUCUGGUUGUCGUUGUUUACAACCCUCUCGGAUGGAAAAGAGAGGAUGUUAUUAGGAUUCCAGUUGCCAAUGAAAAGGUUGUUGUUCGGGAUUCUAACGGGAAAAAGGUCCAAUCCCAGCUGCUGCCAAUACCUGAUGCUUUUCUUGGUUUAAGAAACUACCAUGCUGCAGCAUACCUAGGAAUAUCUCCAAGUGUAAACCCUAAAUAUUGGCUUGCAUUUUCAGCUAUUGUUCCCCCACUUGGUUUUAGCACUUACUAUGUAUCCAAUGCCAAAAAAUCAGCUAAUAUUUCAGAUAGACAUAUAGCAUACAAGUCAGGGAGUCAGAGUGAUGGGUUUGAAGUGGGCCUAGGAAACUUGAAACUUAUUUACUCUGGGAAGGAAGGGAAACUUACUCAAUAUAUCAAUAGAAAAAGAAAGGUCAAAGAAUCUCUAGAGCAGACAUACAAGUACUAUCCCUCAUAUGGAGAUGAUGGAACAAUAACUGCUCAGGCGUCCGGAGCAUAUAUUUUUCGCCCCAAUGGUUCAUCAUUUCCCAUCAAACCCAACGGAAAGUCUCCUCUCACAGUUUUGCGGGGACCAAUUGUGCAUGAAGUGCAUCAGAAGAUCAAUUCAUGGAUAUACCAGACUACCAGACUGGUCAAAGGAAAAGAACAUGUUGAAGUUGAAUUUAUUGUUGGACCUAUACCUAUUGACGAUGGAGUUGGCAAAGAAAUUGCAACUGAGAUUAAAACAAAUCUAACAAGCAGCAAAACCUUCUAUACUGAUUCUAAUGGACGCGAUUUCAUUGAACGGGUUCGAGACUAUAGAAAAGACUGGAACUUGGAAGUAAAUCAACCUGUUGCUGGAAAUUAUUACCCUAUCAACCAUGGGAUUUACCUGAAAGAUAAAAGCAAAGAGUUUUCUGUAUUGGUAGAUAGGUCUGUGGGCGGUUCGAGCAUCCUAGAUGGCCAAGUGGAGCUAAUGGUUCAUAGGAGGUUACUUAAUGAUGAUUCCAGAGGUGUUGCAGAGGCACUAAAUGAAACAGUUUGCGUCUCUGAUAAGUGCACAGGAUUAACAGUUUUAGGGAAGUACUACUUCAGAAUCGAUCCUAUAGGAGAGGGUGCUAGAUGGCGUCGAACAUUUGGUCAAGAGAUAUACUCACCGCUUCUUUUAGCCUUCACAGAGAGUGAAGGUAACUGGGGAGAUUCUCAUGUCACAACGUUCUCGGGAAUAGAUUCCUCUUACAGUUUACCAGAAAAUGUUGCCGUAAUAACACUCCAGGAUCUUGGUGAUGGAAAUGUUCUCCUUCGGUUGGCGCACUUAUAUGAGAUUGGUGAGGACAUACAUCUAUCAAUUAAGUCAAGUAUAGAACUUAAAAAGGUGUUCCGCGAUAAACAGAUAAACAAAAUAACUGAGGUGAACUUAUCAGCUAACCAAGAAAGAGCAGAAAUGGAGAAGAAGAGAUUAGUGUGGCAAGUUAAAGGGUCGUCUCGAGAACCUGAGGUGUCAAGGGGAGGACCAGUUGAUCCAGAAAAGCUAAUUGUAGAACUUUCUCCCAUGGAAAUAAGGACCUUCGUUAUCAAUUUUAAUCACUAAAGGUGCAUUGGGAGGAAUGGAUCUAUUGUGCUUAUAUCUCAUUUUACAAAAAUAAUAUUGUCCAAAAUAUAUCUUGGGUAAGGUCUCAGAUGUUUAAUAAUUAUGAUGAGACAUGAGGCACAAAAUUUUCAUGUAAUAAAAUUAGUGUAAAUUGUAGGACAACAGUAUCCAUUCCCUGAAAACUUAUUGAAAAAUAAGCAAUGUUGUAUGCACUCAAAUUCAAUGCCAAUAAAUUGCACUAGAUUUCAAUCCGUA